ACACCAAAAUGCCAAUCGGCUACCGGUUUUGUCCAACCGAUGAAGAAAUCAUCAUCCAUUAUCUCCGCCCUAAAGUCUUCAACUUCCCUUUACCAGCCACCGUUAUCCACCACCACCACCACCACCUUUUCACCCACCAUCCUGCCCACCUCCCCGGCAACCCUAAAGAAAAACGUUAUUUCUUUUGUAAAACAAGUGACACUACCCAACAAUAUUCUCUGAAUAUUCCAUCUGGUUAUUGGAAGCCCAUUGUUAAUAAUAAUACCCAUAAGCUUAUUUUAGCAUCUGGGUGUAACCAUCCUAUUGGUUUCAAGAAAUCCUUUGUGUUUUUUGAGUUUUCGGAUCACCGGAAAUCGGGUACUAGAACUCCAUGGAUCUUGCACCAAUUUAGACUUCUUUAUCCUUUACCAAUUAAGACGGAAGAAUGCAUGGUAUGUAGCAUUCAUAUGAAGACCAAAAAAGUCAAAAAACAACAUCAACCUCCGACUAAAAAGCACAAGAGAUCUCAUACUAACAGUACUAAUGACAUUGUUGAGAUUGAGGAUGAUUUAUCUUCUUCAUCUAGUGGAAUUACAUUUAAUGAUGACUUGGAUAACCAGAAAGAAGAAGAAGAUAAUGAUGAUGAAAUCAAGAGUUGA